GGAUCCACAGUUCUCCACAGGUGUCACCACCAUGGCGACGAUUCCUUCACGGAUUUAUACGGCAUAUCUGGCCAUAUUUACACCACAGCUAGUCAUUUGCUUUGUACCUGGAGGUCUAAAGCUCAAGAAUGGCUUGGUGCGAUCUAAGAUGACUGGGUCCGACGGAGAAGAUCCCACAGCCUUCUCAGUUGGAAUUCUUGGAGAUCUUCAUAUUGACCCUCGCAAAAUGGAUGAUUAUGUUGUCGGCCGUGACCAGUGGCUGAAGGUUAUCACGUUGGAACGACAGAAAACGAACAAUGUGGCUUUGGUGUCACUAGGGGACCUCGGAGAGAGCAAGAAUUGCGACCACAACCCUGCUAACCCCUUCGAGCUCUUCGCCGGAACCACAGUCUGUCACGAAAUAGCUGCGGAAUAUCUUGAAAGUUUUGACGUUCCCUAUGAAGUUAUCGGCGGGAAUCACGAUCUAGAGGGUAUCGAUGAGUUCAAAAGCGACAAGGCCAAUCUUGAACUCUUUCUGACUGCUCACGGCAAAGAGACGCCUCAAUUUUGCCGUAAUGUUGCCGAUAAGACUCUUCUCGUAGGUCUUUGCUCCACCAUAUUCAGAGAUGCUCGAUACACGUCUCAUGAAGUGAUUAUCGACGACAAUCAGAUCUACUGGUUUGAAAAGCUAGUUCGCGACCAUCCUGCUGACGAAGGCUGGAAGGUAUUUGUGUUUACUCAUGCACCGCCAAACGGUUCGGGUCUUCGGGUCUUGCAAGAAAACCACGUGAUCAACGGUUGCUGUUGGCUUAAUCAUUCGGAUGAACUCAAGUGUCGCAAAUUUAUAGAGCUCGUCCGCGAACACCGAUGCAUUAAAGGCUGGUUCUCUGGACACUUUCAUCUAGGCCAGGACUAUCAAGAUUCAAUUACGUUUCCGACCAUCGAUCCAUCUGAAGGUCCCUACCCCAAUCGCGGUAGCUGCGUAUUUGUCCAAACAUCUGUCAUGCGCAAAGGUACGUCCCGUGAUGGUCGGCAGCAAAGCCGCCUCUUACGGGGUAACAAGUAUGGGUUCGAAAUUUGUACGGUCGACCACCAAAAGGGUGGUUCGAUUCGACUGGACGCCACGAUCACCUAUCGUGAUGACAGCCACGAAGUCGGUGUUUACGCCCACGAAGACCAGACUCUUAAACAAGAUGAAUAUUUUAAAAUUUACACGCCACAAGUUGGGGAUCAGGGAUACAAUUGCGGGCCGGAUCAGGAUGAUAUAUGUAUUUUGACAGAGUGCCCAGUCGACGAAGAGUGUGUAUGUUGGUGGCGACUGAGCUGUGGUCGCGUUUUGGGAAUGGCUAAUGGCAUGUUAUUGGAAUACGAUAAGUCUACUUUAGCUCCGCUUGGUUUGGUCGUUUCUGCCGAUGAACUUGCUGGCAAACAGGUUGCAGUUAUUGAUUCUGGAUUGGAAGAAUGCGAAAUUAAUUUUGAUGAUAUAGGGAUGGAAGGGGCUGAUUGUGCAGAUACCGACGAAGACGCCCGAGAGCAAGCUGUAAUAAUGUUUGACGAAGAAAAUAACAUUACAGUUAUUCAACCCAAUGAAGACGGGUCAUACUGGAGAAAAAUUGUGCGCAAUAAGAUCGCCCGCAUGAAGGAGCAAAGAAGAGAAAAAGCUGCUAUUGAGUUUGCUCGAGACAAGCUCAAGGUGGACUCAAGCAAGGCAAAGCAUCACGUGCAAAGCAGUUGGGGUCCAUAUACCUCUACGAGCGGUGUAGCCAAAACAACAGAGGUUCCGGGUGCUACGAAACAGUAUGUUCCGCAGAUCAAUGGAGUUGUUAACAAGGGAUGAGAUACGGGAUGGCGACAAAGAUUUUCGAAGUGUUGAAUUGUAUAUGAUUUUUUGAUCAGAAUUAAUUCGUGAUUUUAUUGAUAGUUCUACAAAGCGUGGCGAUGUAGAGAAUGGAAAGGUAAUGGAAAUAGUAAAUUACACAAGCGUUUUAAUCAUAGCAUUAACACUCUUCUACUUUAUUC